AUGACUGGCAAAUCGGCCGCCGCGAAGCGCGCAAAGGGCGGCAAGGCUCGCAAUGCCCGCAAGGAUCCAGUGCUGGCAGCCGACAAAGCAACCACAGCUGCCAAAUGUAAGCCAAAGACCAACGCAAAUGCCACCAGCAAAGGUAAGAGCAACAAUAACCCCAAGGGAAAGGGUAAUGCCAAAGGCAAGGGUAAUGCCAGUAACGGUGCCAGCGCUGGCAGCGGUGGUGCCAAGACUGCUGGCAAAAAAAACAUUGUCGAGGUCGGGAACAAUGCUCAAGCGCCGAUCGCCAUUGAGUCGCAUUAUCAUCCGGGCGUCUAUAUGGCUCGCUACAAGAACGAUGCCCUGCAGCUGGUGACGCGCAACUCGGUGCCCGGGGAAGUGGACUUUGGCGAACAGCUGUUCAGUGCUUCCGUGCGCGGCAAGACUGUCCAGUACCGCGGCUGGUCGCCGUUUCAAAGUAAGUUGGCCGCCACUGUGAUGGGCGGCAUGGGAAACCUAUACAUGCCCGUGGGCAGCAAGGUGCUGUGUCUGGGCGCUGGCCAUGGGCAGGAUGCCUCGCACAUCGCCGAUAUUGUGGGUGAGUCCGGCUUGGUGUAUGCUGUGGAAAGCAACGCUUGGGCCGGACGCGAGCUCACCUCCCUGGCCAGCAAGAGGCGCAACAUUAUACCCAUCAUAGACGACGCCUCGCUGCCCUACAAGUACCGCAUGUUGGUGAUGGAGCGCAUUGAUACCAUCUAUUCCAACAUACCGGGUGUGAAUCAGGUGCGCAUGCUAAUGCUGAAUGCGCACCACUACCUCAAGGCCGGUGGCCACUUUCUGAUGGUCCUGAAGAAGGACAGCACUCAUCGCAGUGAGUCCGACGAAGUGGCCUAUGCCAGCGAACUGGACAAGCUCAAGGCUGAGCGAUUCAAGCCACUGGAGCAGAUAUCGCUGGAGCCAUUCAAGCAUGGCCAUUCCAUGAUUGUGGGCACUCGCAUGCCCGCCGAUUAUGGGGCUAUCAAGUAG